GUAGCGAGACGAAAGGACACAGCGCAAGAAGGCAGACUUCCGCAGCGCCUAAACACAUAAUACUAUUUUAUGUGAUUACAAUAACGUUCAAAAGGAACUUUUGGAAAUGGAGGACCAGCCCAGUGGCGCAACAUAGUUUGAAAAUUUAUUUUUAUGCAAAACGCAAUAAUUUUUAGUGACCAGUUUACGCACAGGAUGCAAUAAAAGUGAAACAAAUAGGUUUUUUUCAUUGGUAAAUAUUGUUCCUUUGCUAUUUUUUAACGAUUUCGAAGUCCAGCUCAUACUUUUAACCUUUUUAUUACUGAACCUGUAAUUGGACGAAUAAAUAUUAUUGCUAAACCUCGCCGAAGUAUCAGGUGAUACACACGAAGACUAGUAUCACGAACUCGGUAAUUUCUAUAAGAACAUCCUAAGUGCGAAGGUCGUUGGGUCCGGAACAGAAGUUAUUCUGUAAUUUGAGCCUCGAAUUUCUCAAUGGAAGGAAGCAGGCAUCUGACGGACGGCCGGCGGCGGAGGCGCACACUUCAGUGAUGAUUCGGCAACCGCGGGCUGCGCGCGCGUCGGUCACGUGCCACCGCGACAAUAUGACACCGCGAUACACCUUCAGGUUGUUCACAGUAUCAUUAAUAAUUGCCACAACAAUUAUUGAAUCACCUGUAAGUGCGGUUGCAAUAAGCCGAAAGUCGCGACAGAUAUUACAGGAAGACACUUUUACAGAGGAGUACUCCUCUCCUCUGGAAAGAUCAGAUGGAGAGAGAAUUGAUUCAAUGUCAGACAACAAUGUCGCCGACGCAGUUAAACACAUAGCAACGACGACAGCUGCUAAAGUCUAUGAGGUCAAAGGAGAUCAAACUGUUGAAGACAAGACCGAACUAACAACUGCAUUUAUACUUCUUAAAACGGAUGACGGAUAUCUGAAAAUAACUGGAUUACCAAUAUACGCGAGUUCGGUGAAAGACACAGAACUAAUUUCAAGUAAAGUAGUAACCGAUCUACCGCAUAGUACGAACAGUCUUAGAGACAAUGAUAAUUCAGUUAAUAUUGAGGAUCUAACUAUGGCAACUGAUUCUGAAUCCACAAGUUCUGAUACGCACAAUACAAAUAUAAGUGAGGAUCCAACUACGGUAAUUGAUUCUGAAUUCACAAGUUCUGAUACGCACAACACAAAAAAUAUUGACGAUCAAACUACGGCAAUUGACUCUGAAUUGGCGAGUUCUGAUACAAACAAUUCAAAAAUUAAUGAGAAUCUAACUACGGUAAUUGAUUCUGAAUUGGCUAGUUCUGAUAACCACAUCACAAAUAUUAGUGAGGAUCCAACUACGGCAAUUGACUCUGAAUUCACGAGUUCUGAUACGCACAAUACCACAAUUAGAUUUAGUGACGUGACUACCCAAGAAGUUCCAGCAGAAAUUACUAUUGAUGCCACCACGUUAGAUAAAAAUACUAAUUCAGAUAUCAGUAAUAGUGAGAGUGAAACAAAAACAAUAAACCCAAUUGAGGUAACCACAAGCGACACGAUGGAUUCUACAUCACAGUUCGACCUGACGGAUCAAUCGAAUGAAUUGAAUUCGCCAUCUUGGAAGAAAUAUACAACAAUUGAUAGGAAGCGGGGCGACGCACAAAUGAACACGUCUCGCACUGAACAGGAUGUAGUACAAACUACGCCGACACGUAUUAGUUUAGAAAAGUUAUUGACGGAUACUUCAAUAUCAUCAUUAGGACAGUUAGGAGAGAGUCUUAGUUCAAAAGUAACAUACGCCUUUGAUUUAGCAUCAACUUCUCCGUAUGUUCAAGAAACUAAAAGUGUCCCUCCUGAGGAAACCACAACCAGUUCCACGACGACUAGUCAAAAACCAUUACAUAUAACAUCUUUACGAGCUGGUUAUCUAGAUUUCUCAGCAAAACCAAUGGCUGAGGAAGCGACGACUAUUAUUGAAAAUUACGAUAUCCCCGAUAAAUUCAACGAAUCCAGAGGAUUUUCUUCGAUGUUCGAAUUUGAGCCAGAAAAUGAGCCUGUUUCUGAAAAUAAAACCAAAUCAAACUUGGCAUCGCGAAGUCAAUUGGCAGAAGAUGUCAUGAGAGAAGAAAUGAUGAAGGAAGAAAUGAUCAGCAAUGAAGAAGAAAAUGCCAAUCGACAAAAGGAAAAUGAGCAACUUAGUGUUAAACCGCUCGAUAAAACUAACUUAUACUCUGUGGGCCCCAACUACAAGCCUAUGAAAAAGCUUGACGUUCAGGCAGCCAAGCCCUUCAUUAGAGAUCCAGACGACCUCAGCUGGAGAAACGAAAGUAUUAGUUCUCUGGGAAUAGUCUUCAAAGCCAAGCCAGCAGCUAAAAACUUUACUGAAGUAUUGAAAAACAAAACUGAAACAUUAUUCAACAACGUCAAUGAGAAAGACAGUAAGAACGACCUGCCAGAUUUAAGGGAGCGAUUGGAGAAAAUAGCCGAAGUAAGGAAGUCAAAGAAAAAGAAGGUGAUCGACAAAUUUGGUGAUACAAUUUAUACAGACUACGAAGAAAGUUCGCACUCUGCUGAGAGGUCCAGUGCUAAUUCUUCUGACAUUGGACUUACUGAAGGUACCACCACAACAAAAACUACAACGUCACCUACAACAAAACCGUUCGAAAUCGUUCCAACCAUAAGCGUUGAGCCAGAAGUGACCACGCAAGUUAAUGUAAAACACGUUUUUGAAACAACACCAUAUCUAGAAACUCCUGAAACUAAGCCACCUAGCAAAUUAAAGAAUGACUAUUACGACAUUGCAGAUGACUACGACAGCGACUAUAUGAAUUUGCCUAAAAUCGAAUUGAAAAAGUUCACAACGCGAUUGAUAACAAAGAUGCCAAUGACGACGUCUACCUUCGCGACGUCUCCCUUCCAGAAGCCGAGCGCGUACUACUGGCCAGACAGGAAGCCCACCCUGCAGUACUUCCCCCCGAGACCGAACACACCAAAGAUAAACAUCCAAACGUUUGAUGAAAAUCCACUAAACAAAUUAAAUUACUACACAGUUAAAGAUACGACUAAGAACUUGAUACCGGUCUCAGUCAGAUAUACGACACAGCCUGUGCCUUCACAACCUAAUUUGUCUUUCGGACAGAAACAUAGAAAUACUACUCCUCUAAAUAAUUUCGAAAACGAUUUGACGAAAACCGUAUAUUAUACUCAACCUAAAGUGGCCGCGGUCGGGCACGGGUACGUCGACGACGGACGUUACAACAGACCCACGUAUGUCAUUAAACAUUUCAAAGACUUGGUCGAGAAGGCAUCUAGAACCGAAGACGAAAAAGAUAGAGACUACGACGCGUACACGUCAACACAGAGGCCGGGCCGGGAGACCGUUGCCGAUUUGGUGAAAAUUAAUCAAAAACUUAAUUUGGGAGACGACUACGAGUACGAUACGGGUUUCCGCAAAGACGUGAUAAAUAGGUUCGUGGAUAACUUCAAUCAGAACAGCGAGAGAUUUAAGGUGGAUUUUCCUAUCCUGUACAACAACAGCGUGGUGCAUAGGAAGCAGGAGGACGAGAGCGAGUGGGCGACAUCGAGCGCGUUCAUGAAGCGGCUGUACGAGGACAUGUCAGGCGCGCGCGCGGCGAGGAAGGAGUGCGACGGCUGUGAGCGCAACGUGGAGCUGCCGCCCGAGUACGAGCUGCACUACUACGUGCCCGAGCAGGAGGAGCGCGAGGAGGCGGACACGCGCUCCGACCUCAAGUACCUGUGGGACCCCAACUCACAGCGAUAACGGCCGCCAUAGCCGCUGCGAUACAUAUGGCUCAGUCGCAAGUCCGAGAUGCAUUGCAUGAUAAUGAUGAUCACUGUACAUCAGGAUAAAAAAAAAUGAUGCAGUCUACAUUUGUAUAUAACAAUGUAAUUGUGGAGAGACACAGAGACAUGCUGUAUGUAAUCUUGGACAACGUUAUUUGCCGAAUACUGAUACGUAUUUAAACUAAUAGGUUAAAACGCGGUAUGAAACGAAAACAUCAAAACCCGCCUAAAAUUGUUAUAGAAAUGCAGUAGAACUUCACUCGCCAUAAACUUGUAAAAACAAAAAGAAUUAUAGUAUCAAAAAUCUGUUUUAUGUAUACAUAUAAAUGGUACAUACUACCUAUAUUCAAUAACUAAUUUCCGUCGAGUCGAGGUUUUGUUGCAACUAAAUUUGAAUCCGACAAAAUUGUUAGUAUAAAAAAAUAUAUUUGGUAGUGAAAAUAUCCUUCAAGGAGCUAUUAUGAAUAAGUGUAUUAAUUGAUUGCCAUGUCUUUAUUUUGCGGAAAUUGAUUAGCACGCAACGUCCGUCCGUGUGUAUGUAUGUACAUGUUUUUGUUUGAAAAACCUUUAAAAAGUUUCUUCCAAUUAAUUAGAUAAACAACGCUACGGUUGACUUCAAUUAUACAAGUGUUAUUUCAGAUUUCGUCGGCUCCAAUGUAAAGUUAAAGAUACUAAAGUUAUUUGAUUUGUCCAGACUGCGAUAGGUUAUUUGUAGGCUCCACGCUAUCGUCGAACAUUACGUAAUUUGUAUGAGUGCUUUUAUUUAUCGCAACCAAAUAUCAGCUAUGUAUAUCGAAUCCGCCAUACUUUGGCCACAGAUAUAAGAACAUUACAUUGAAGGUUCUUAUAUCUGUGACUUGGCGAACUGUUCGCGGAUAGUGUGGAGCCUGCAUUACACUUUUGGCAGUGGACACACUCGAUGACUUUACGGUUUCUACUUUGAGUUUUCUUCCUUACACAUUAUGUAAAUGACAUUUUAUUGAUAUUGUACAUCUCGCUGUACCCAGUUUGUGUCACAUGACCUCCACCAGUUUGUGUCACAUGACACCAUGACUAUCUUUUUUACCAAUAAAACCUGAAAUAAGAUUUUACUGAUUGAUUACAAUUUUCUCGAUUGUGUUAAAGAUAAAACCAUACAUAAAUGUAAAGUUAUAACUUUAACUAUACCUUAGAAGUUUGAGUUGUUUGAAAUACAAUACGAAAUGAAUCUUGUAGUAAUUAUAUUAAUGGCCAUUCCCGAUUAUCUAUCCAUAAAUCCCCUCCGGAACGAUCGGUCUACUUUCCCGUUUGGCCUAUAUAGAUAUUUUUUCUGUAAUUAACAAAAAUAUAAUUAUUAUAUUUCUAUUUGAAAAAAAAACUGUCAAAUAAACUUGACUGAUCGUUUUGCAUUCGAUGCGUGACAAAAUAAAAUCAUAUCUCAUAGUCUGGACCCAUCAAUUCAUGGGUUGCCAGUCCUGGGUGCAACAUCCGGCGUGAUCUGGCGGUGCACACAAGAUCGCCUUAACAUAAUGCAUUGUUAUGUAAACUGAAGCGACGUGAAAACUCUCUCUCACUGACGGUGAGCUCAAGGACACGGCGAAUUACACGAAAUUUAACUUGCAAGAAUUGACUAUUAAAAACUUGCUGAAGAUAGAUUUAUUGAGGACGGCCGGCUGGGUUAUUCUUGUGGUUACUGGUUCAUUACGACCUUGUAUUUUGAUACUUUAUUUACCUUAUCUUACUUAAAUUUAUGGUAUAGAUGCAUGAAUUUGAGAAUAUUCUUAGCUUUAAGUUUUAGAUAUUUACUACCUAACUUAGAAACUAAGUAUUAAAUUAGGUUAUUCUUAGAGCCCAGUGUCCUCUACUACACUUUGUAAAAAAUAUAAUUUGCUCCCUGUGACAGAUGUCCAAUAAUAUGAAAACAAUACAUAUGUCUCUGUCGCUCUCAUUGUGAAUAUAUUGUUCUAUCCUGCUGUCACUUAUAGGAUCAAGCUACAUUUUACACACUGUAGAUUUAUAUUAUGUGAAGUACCUACAUAUUUCAAAUAAAAAUAAUAAUU